AUCACAUAUGUGUGGCGUUGUGAGCGGCAGCCAUGGCGCUGCUGCCUCACAAUGCAUCGUAGCGCCACAACCCUCGCCAUCGCCAAAUCCCCGCCGAGGAGGAGGAGGAAGCGCAGCAGGUAAUUGCAAGCCGCUACUCGCCGAGGAUCCCCGAUCAAUCUCCGAGGCGCUGGAAUCGCUGAGGCCAGGCCAGAGCGUCGUCGCCGCCCUCCGCGGCUGCAAGGGCCGCCUCCACCCCUCCGUCGCGGCCGCCAUUCUCGCCCAGCUCGACGGCAAUGCCGAGCUUGGCACCCAGUUCUACGACUGGGCCGCGGCUCUCCCGGGUUUCAAGCACACCAUCUUCUCCUUCAACAAGUACCUCAAUCUCCUCGUCAAGUCAGGCUCCCCCGCCAAGGCCAUCGAUCUCUUCCGCUCGCGCCUCCCGCCACGCUGCCGCCCCAAUCACUUCACCUACAGCACGCUCCUCCGCGCGACUUACAAGGCCGGCGGCGACGUCGAGAGGACUCUCGGCUUCUUCCGCCGGAUCCGGAGCUCCUCGCGCUCGGUUGCGGACUACAACAUCGUGCUCCAGUCGCUGUGCCGCGCCGGCGAGACCGCCCGCGCGCUGGAGAUCUUCCGUGGGGAGAUGGCUCGCGACGGCGUAGCUCCCACCAUCGUGACUUACAACACGAUCAUCAAUGGGCUGUGCAAGAGCAACGAGCUUGGCGCAGGGAUGGAGCUCUUCGAGGAGCUCGUGGAGAGAGGCCACCACCCCGACGUGGUGACUUACAACACGCUGAUCGAUAGCUUGUGCAAAGCCGGGGAUCUGGAGGAGGCACGGCGGCUCCAUGGCGACAUGAGCUCUCGAAGUUGCGUCCCAAACGUCGUCACCUACAGCGUGCUCAUCAACGGGCUGUGCAAGGUCGGCCGGAUCGACGAGGCGCGAGAGCUCAUCCAGGAGAUGACGCGGAAGAGCUGCGACGUUCUUCCAAACAUCAUCACUUACAACUCGUUCCUCGACGGCCUUUGCAAGCAGUCCAUGACGGCCGAGGCGUGCGAGCUGAUGAGGAGCUUGCGAGAUGGGAGCUUGAGAGUCUCUCCAGACACCGUGACUUUCAGCACGCUGAUCGACGGGCUGUGCAAGUGUGGCCAGAUCGACGAGGCUUGCAGCGUCUUCGACGACAUGAUCGCGGGUGGCUACGUUCCGAACGUUAUCACCUACAACGCGCUCGUGAACGGGCUGUGCAAGGCGGACAAGAUGGAGAGAGCCCACGCCAUGAUCGAGAGUAUGGUGGACAAGGGCGUCACCCCGGACGUGAUCACCUACAGCGUCCUGGUGGACGCCUUUUGCAAGGCCUCCCGCGUCGACGAGGCUCUGGAGCUCCUCCACGGCAUGGCGUCGCGGGGAUGCACGCCAAACGUGGUGACUUUCAACUCGAUCAUCGAUGGACUCUGCAAGUCGGACCGAUCGGGCGAGGCCUUCCAGAUGUUCGACGACAUGGCGCUCAAGCACGGCCUGGUCCCGGACAAGAUCACGUACUGCACCUUGAUCGAUGGUCUCUUCCGGACGGGGCGGGCGGGUCAGGCCGAGGCGCUGCUCGACGCCAUGCCCGACCCGGACACGUACGCUUUCAACUGCUGUAUCAACGGACUUUCCAAGCUCGGGGACGUGUCGAGAGCGCUCCAGGUCUACAACCGGAUGCUGGAGCUGGAGCUCGUGCCUGACAAAGUCACCUUCAACAUUCUUAUCGCGGGGGCUUGCAAGGCCGGCAACUUCGAGCAGGCAUCCGCGCUCUUCGAGGAGAUGGUGGCCAAGAACUUGCAGCCGGACGUGAUGACUUUCGGGGCGCUCAUCGACGGGCUGUGCAAGGCGGGACAGGUGGAGGCCGCGCGGGACAUCCUCGAUCUCAUGGGGAAUCUGGGAGUUCCUCCAAACGUGGUGACUUACAACGCGCUUGUCCACGGCCUGUGCAAGUCGGGCCGGAUCGAGGAGGCCUGCCAGUUCCUGGAGGAGAUGGUGAGCUCCGGCUGCGUGCCCGACUCCAUCACUUACGGCUCGCUCGUCUACGCGCUCUGCCGGGCCUCGAGAACCGACGACGCUCUCCAGCUCGUGAGCGAGCUUAAGAGCUUUGGCUGGGAUCCCGACACCGUGACUUACAACAUCCUCGUGGACGGGCUGUGGAAGUCGGGCCAGACCGAGCAGGCGAUCACUGUUCUUGAGGAGAUGGUCGGCAAGGGUCACCAGCCGGACUCGUUCACCUUCGCGGCUUGCUUCAGUGGUCUCCACAGAUCUGGGAACUUGGCCGGGACGAUGGAGCUGCUGCGAGUGGUGCUGGGCAAGGGGAUGCUGCCGGACGCCACCACUUGCAGCUCCAUCCUCGACUGGGUUUGCCGGUCGGGAAAGCUAGACGACGUCAAGGCCAUGAUCAAAGAAUUUGAGGCUUCUUCUCCAGCCGCGGCUGCUCUAUCUCUGUGCGCUGCAAGGGUGGAAAAAGGUUCUUUGGCAGGAAAAACUUGUACAGACGAAGUAUCCGGUGAAGUUUGUGUAUAAGAAUACCCUUCCUUACAAACAAAUCACAAAAGAAGCUAUUACAGUCUA